AUGUUAUCUUCACGCAGCGGUCCCAAAUCCUUCACGAAAUUUCCUGAACUACCCCUUGAGCUUCAACGCUUGGUGUGGAAGUUCGCUUCUUUUGAACGUCGCCACAUACCCGUGGCUGCAAAGGGAUGUCAUUCUCUCAGCAAGCAAGUCACCGGAGAAGAUGGAACUAAACAACUUGUCAGAUUUCGAUCCGAUACUCCCAUUCCUACACUAUUUAGUGUUUGCCGAGACUCGAGACUAGAAGCCAAGAGAUACUACAAGAGAGCCCUCGUAGCCGAACACAACUUCAGAUUCUUUUCCAUCAGUCUCGUCCCCCGAUUCUAUAUCAAUCCCCACUGCGAUGUCAUUUGUCCCGCCGGCGACUUCUUCGGGGAUAUCACAGUUAUGCUCGUAGCCGCGAUGCACAAAGUCCAGUGUCAGAGCAUCGCACUCGACGAACCACAAUGGGGUGGGCUAUUCACUGAGAUCAACGGACCAGCCUAUUUCGAUCAAUGGCUAACCAGCAUCGUGCGUCCUCCUCACGCCUUGAAAUCAAUCACUCUCUACUCAGGAGCAAAAUACGAAACCCCAUACACAGAUGGAUCUCGAGGCUUUCCCCACACCAUCUCGUCCGUGGAUUGGGAUAUCAUCCAAAAGACAGAUCAAUGCGCACUCGGCGUUGCAGUUACAGAUCUCCAUCGAUCGAUCAUGAGAUAUCGAGACCUCAUUCCGAAAAUGGUGAAGGAUCGCCAUGAUGUUGAAAAGGGUCUUAUGGAUCCGCCUACUCAUCCAUUGUUGGCUAGAUUGCCGGUUUUUCAUCAUCUCGAGACGCAGGUUUUGGAAUUGUGGACGCCUCCCAGGUUGAGCUUGUUGAUGUAUGCGAUUCCGAACUCGCUUAGUGGGAUUAUGUAUUCGAAGGAUCCGUUUGAGGUUUGGGAUUGUGGGGUUGGGGGGUGUCAGAAUUGUACGUGGAUGGAGAGUGUGGAGUGA